AUGCUGGAGGCUCCGCAAUAUCAUUCUGAAGAAGACCCCCAUUUGCUUGUGCUCUCAGCUUCUCGGGGAGCCGCCUGGAAGCUGCCCAGGGGUCCCAUAAGGAAAACCACCAUGCGCACCGAGACUUUGGAGAAAGGCAUUCAGGGGGCCAUGAGGAGGCAGGGCCCCGCUGGGGGCCUCCUAGGGGAGCUGGGAUCAGUGACAGCAAGAAAUGAGGGAGGAGGCGGCGGCGGCUGGAGCGGCCUGAGUUUUAAUCACGGAGACCCGCCCUUGCUACCGCCCACCCGCUCGGCCAUCAUCAAACCCUUCUUGACUGGCUGCGGUCGCGGCCCAGGGGUGGGCUGGAGAGGCCGAUCUCCUGCGAGUCUGAGAGAAGCGGUUUGGCGAGGCCGGGAGCUAUCUCCGACCGCUGAGUCGGCGUUCGGGCCGCUCUGCGGACCUUCGGGGGUUUAUAGCGGCCUGCGGGAGAGCAAGCCUCUUGAGGCGGCGGGGGAGGCAGACAGCAAGGAAGGGUCGUCUACGGGUCGGUCCCCCAGACCCGGGGAAGCGACAAAGCAGUUCCCCCGAGGAGCUGGAGCAGGGGCUGCCGGGGCCGGGCUGGGCCAGCGGAGCUCUACGACCGGACCCUUUCACAAACCGUCCCCUUUCCAGGCUGGCGCAGACGGAGAUGCCCGGGACGAGGAAACCUCCUUGUCAGGGAAAAAGGAAAAGGAGAUAUACCAGGUGGUCCAUGCAGACUUUGCAAUGCUAGUACACUUUACUAAUGGGUUGUUUUAUUUUAGGAUUAGUUUUUCAUAUCUCUGCCCGGCCUCCUGGUAUUUUACUGUGCCUACAGUGAGUCCAUUUGCACGUCAGCGGGUCGCUUUUCUGGGACUUCUCAUCAUAUCCUGUCUUCUUCUACUUAUGGUUGUAGUGGACUUUCGACACUGGGGCUCUACCUCACCUCAAGACAGACAGUAUGAAAGGUAUUUAGCUCGAGUAGGAGAACUAGAAGCUACAAAUACUGAAGACUUAACUCUGAAUUAUGGCCUUGUUGUAGACUGUGGCAGCAGUGGCUCCAGGAUUUUUGUUUAUUUCUGGCCACGUCAUAAUGGGAAUCCACAUGAUUUACUUGAUAUCAAACAGAUGAGAGAUCGUAACAGCCAACCAGUGGUUAAAAAAAUCAAACCGGGGAUUUCUGCAAUGGCAGAAACUCCAGAACAUGCCAGUGAUUACCUUCGCCCUCUCUUGAGUUUUGCUGCUGCUCAUGUGCCUGUGAAGAAACACAAAGAGACACCCCUGUAUAUCCUAUGCACAGCAGGCAUGAGACUUCUUCCAGAGAGGAAGCAGUUAGCAAUACUGGCUGAUCUAGUGAAAGAUUUGCCGUUGGAGUUUGAUUUCCUCUUUUCCCAGUCUCAAGCAGAAGUAAUCUCUGGAAAACAAGAAGGUGUUUAUGCAUGGAUUGGGAUCAACUUUGUUUUAGGAAGAUUUGACCAUGAAGAUGAUACAGAAGUCCUGGGUCCCCAGGAAUCAGUACCGGGACGUAAGAGGACAGUAGGGAUACUAGAUAUGGGAGGAGCCUCUCUCCAAAUUGCUUAUGAGGUUCCUACCUCUCCUACUUUUCUUCCUCCAGAACAGGAAGAAGCUGCCAAAGUCCUGCUAGCUGAAUUCAAUCUGGGCUGUGAUGUACAACAUACAGAACAUGUCUAUAGGGUCUACGUCACCACCUUUCUGGGGUUUGGGGGCAACUUUGCCCGGCAACGCUAUGAAGAUAUGGUGCUGAAUGAAACCUUUACCAAAAAUAGGUUACUGGGCCAGCAGACAGGUUUAACUCCAGAAACUCCCUUCUUGGAUCCCUGCCUGCCUGUGGGCCUUGAGGAUGUAGUGGAGAGGAGCAGCCAGGUCCUGCACAUCAGAGGAAAAGGAGAUUGGCUUACAUGUGGAGAAAUGUUGCACCCGCUGCUAUCCCAGGCGAAUACCAGCCAGGCCUCUUUGAAUGGCAUCUAUCAGUCCCCAAUCGACUUCAACAACAGCGAGUUCUAUGGCUUCUCAGAGUUUUUUUACUGUACAGAAGAUGUAUUACGCAUUGGUGGUCGCUACCAUGGGCCAACCUUUGCCAAGGCUGCACAGGAUUACUGCAGUAUGGCAUGGCCCGUGCUAAGUCAGAGAUUUAAGAACGGCCUCUUCUCAUCACACGCAGACCAGCACCGACUUAAAUAUCAGUGUUUUAAGUCAGCCUGGAUGUACCAAGUCCUCCACAAAGGAUUUCACUUCCCUUAUAAUUACCCGAACCUGCAGACUGCCCAGUUGGUGUAUGACCGGGAGGUGCAGUGGACCCUAGGAGCCAUUUUGUAUAAAACACGUUUCCUACCACUCAGGGAUCUACGCCAGGAGGGCAUCCGGCAGGUUCACAAUGGCUGGUUGCGUCUCUCCUUUGUGUACAACCACUAUCUUUUCUUUGCCUGUAUCCUGGUGGUGCUGCUGGCUAUCAUCUUGUACCUUCUUCGGCUGCGCAGGAUUCACCGUAGACAAGCUGGAGCCUCUGCUCCCUUAGACCUGCUGUGGAUAGAAGAGAUGGUGCCUAUAAUCGGGGUGCAGGUGGGACCAUGAUGUCUGCUCUAGGACUGAAGCACCUCAAGAAUCAGAGAACUGAAGCUCAGGGUGUUCCGGGCCCAUCCUGAGUCUGCCUCAGAGGCUUCUUCAGUGAUCCCAGGGGCUCCUGUUGUUGUGUUUUCACAUCUUCCUUCCCAAGACCAGCUAUCCAAGAGAAGCCAUGACCCGAUCUGUGAAGUUAUGUAGCUGAGACACUCUGGUCUGAUCCGAGGCACUCAGCCUUCCUCUCUCUGCCUAAUGCCCACAAGAUGUCCUUCUGCCCCUUUUAUCAGGGAGGGUUUGGUGUUGGAGGAACAGUGUCCAUGGGCUAUA